AUGCCUGCAUCAAAGCCCCCACUCUCACUUCCCCUGUUGCAUUUCUCUGCUUUCCUGGACCACUCAAACAUGGUCUUCAUGCCCUGGGGCCAUGAUGAAGAGGAGAUGAUGAACUUUGAGCUCCAGGUCUGCACUGUUGGCUGGGUGGCAUUUGGAUUCAGCCCUCAUGGAGAGUUGCCUGGGUCCGACAUUGUGAUCGGGGGCGUUUUCCCCAAUGGCAGCAUCUAUUUCUCUGACUGGCAUGCUGUGGAUGAGGAAAAUCUCGAGGAGGACAAAAGCAAGAACCAGGACUACCAGCUGCUGUCACUGACAGAAGAUGAGACCUUUACCACCAUGCGGUUCAAACGCUACUUCCAGACAUGUGACACAAAUGACCUGUAUAUCACGUCCUACCAGUUCCCAAAUGAAGCUGCGAUCUCCAUAGGUACCCCUGUGGAUCCUCAAUACAUCCGGCUGGAAAUCCACUACAGCAAUUUUGAUUUCAUACCAGGAUUAAUUGACAACUCAGGGAUAUGACUCUACUGCACCCUGGACCUGCAGCCAUAUGGCAUGGGGGUGCUACAAACAGGGGUGUUCACCUUCCCUGUCUAUUUCAUUCCUGGAGCAGAUUCCUACAAAUCCUAUGGACUCUGCAAAAGCAGCCACUUCAAUGAGGUAAAUGAAUGGACACCUGUGCCAGAUCUGAAGGUGUUUGGCUUCUUGCUGCACACUCAUCUGGUUGGGAGAGGAGUGAAAGUUGUUCAGUACCAGAAUGGUGAGCAGGUGAGGAUCAUCUGCAAAGACAAUAAAUAUGACUUCUCCCUGCAGGAAACACAAGACCUGAAGGAGGUCAUCACCAUCAAAGCGGGAGAUGAGGUCCUAGUGGAAUGUAACUUUCAAACUUUGGAUCGGACGGAGAUCACUUUCGUAAGGUGGCCAAGUAUCUUGAAUGAGAUGUGCCUGGCAUUCCUCUUCUAUUACCCUCGCAACAACAUCUCCAGCUGCGUGGGCUACCCAGACAUCCAGCAGAUUGCCCACACACUUGGCCAGGAGGCCUCAGAUGCGAUGGAAGGAAUGAUUGCCAUGAACUAUGUCGAGUGGAACAAUGAAACCAUAAAGACUGCAGAGAAAGCAGCCAAGGAGUCUGAUCAGAUAGUCAUGAUUAAAACCACUGAUGAAAGGAAUGACCUCCAAGAAGAUCAGUUGGACAUUAUUCUGCGUCAGCACCUUUCCAAGUUCCCUGAAGUCAUCUAUAAUUUAUGA